GAACAAAAGAAAGAAGCACCCGGAGAAGCUCAAAUAAAAAAAAAAUUACGACUUCUAGCUUCUCAUCCAUGGCACCACCCAAUUCUGUGAAAAUUCUGGAGCUCUGCCAGGUUGCCCCAGCCUGCAGCUCAACUAAUCCUUCAAACACCGAGUUCACUCUCCCCCUCACUUUCAUAGAUAUCAUUUGGCUCAAAUUUCCUCCAGCCGAGAGCAUUUUCUUUUAUGAACUCACCGAGUCAAGUCCUACUGUUUUCAAAUCAAUUAUCCUUCCAAAACUCAAAAAAUCACUCUCUCAUGCGCUAGUCAAUUUUCUUCCACUAGCUGGCAAUCUCAUAUGGCCUCAAGAUUCUCCUAAACCCAUAAUCUUAUGCACUCCAAAUGAUGCAGUUUCACUAACCAUUGCCGAGUCCAGUGCAGAAUUCGGUCGUCUCUCGAGCAAUGAAAUUCGUGAAGCUAUCGAGUCACGUCCUUACAUACCCGAGCUGUGUAUAUCUGACACUAAGGCUUCAGUUCUUGCUUUGCAAAUAACAUUGUUUCCUAAUAAAGGGUUUAGCAUAAGCUUCGUUACCCACCAUGCAGUUCUUGAUGGGAAAACUACGGCCAUGUUCAUUAAGGCAUGGGUUUAUAUAUGCAAACACCAAGAACUUGAAAAAAAUGAUCAACCACCCUUGUUGCCUGAUGAGUUAAUCCCUUCUUUUGAUAGGUCAGUUAUCAAAGAUGUAGCUAGGGUUGAGACGGCACACUUGAAUUACUGGUCAGUAAUGAACGAGUUGGUUCUGAAGUCCGAUCGUAGAAGUUUGAAGGUGUUGCCAAACAUGGGAGAGUCAGGGCCAUCCGACUUAGUUCGAGCCACCUUUGGGUUGUCUCGUGAAGACAUAAAGUUCCUAAGGAAAAAAGUGCAGUCCCAGUUCGAUAGCAUCCUCAAAGAAGAGCAAAACCAUCCGAAACAAAUGCAUUUGUCGACCUUUGUGCUCACAUGUGCUUACACUUUAGCUUCCAUGAUGAAAGCAAUAGGGGAUGGUAGUAAAAAAGUUUACUUCUUGUUCACUGUCGAUUUGAGGAGCCGAUCACUGGACCCUCCAAUUCCAAACAAUUAUUUUGGUAACUGUAUUGCUGGCCAACACGUUGCCGCUGAAGCAAGAUUUUUUAUGGAAGAAAAUGGGGUUGCCAUGAUAGCAGAGAGGUUUAGUGAAAUUAUAAAAGGAAUGGAGAUCAGGGGAUUUUUUGAAGGAGCUAAGGAGAGGCUAGUUGACCUGGCUUCUUUAGAACCAGGAACACAUUGCCUUGGGGUUGCUGGAUCGACCCGUUUUGAUUUUUACAGGUCAGAUUUCGGUUGGGGAGAGCCCAAGAAGGUGGAGAUUGCAUCCAUAGACAGGACAAGCUCUAUUUCUCUGUUAGAGAGCAGAGAUGGAAUAACAGGAGGUGUUGAGAUUGGUCUGGUUUUAAAGAGGCAUGAAAUGGAGACUUUUGCUUCUCUAUUUGUUAAUGGCCUAAAAGAUUAUUAAAGCUGCAUUUGUUUCUCUGAUGCUCAACAGAUCAACUCCGAUAUCGUUUCUCUGCAUAAUCAUUUUCAAUUGUUCAAAUAAAUGUACUGUUCAUCGGUCUACUACUGCUUUGUUAUGGGUCUACAUAUUCUUCGAGGCCUUUAAACUCUUUUUAUAUACUACUGUACGAGCAUAAGGGUGUUUAUUUGUGCUCUCACGGUAUCGGAGUAGAGGUUAGCUCUCUUUGUUCUUGGAUAUAACAUGUGGUUUUCUUGUCUUCCCAUUGCCAUUCAUUCAUGGAGUCAAAUCCAUGAUGGUUAUCGUUCUUUGUCUCUGCAAUUCGCCUCCUUGAUACGAUGAAGUGAUUCAUCGUGCACACCGUCUCCUUGCUUGCCCUUUUGCUUCAUGCUUGAUAAUCGGGGUCUUGAGCCCUUUUUGUAUGUAUCCAUAUACAUAAAUACAUAUAAAUAUACGGUGUGAGAUCCAUUUUCUUGA